ACAGUCGGGGCGAUAGCAACGGAAAGCUGCUCAUCACCAGAGAGAACGGGACGGCUGAGAGAGCCCCUCCGUGCGAUAUAACUGGUAGCAGGACUGAUAUCCCACAUGAUACUGGUUUCUGUCUCCAGGUCUUUCUGAAGGUGGUCCAGCACAACCUGAUUCAGACAGCUCACACCGAACACACACCCAGCACAGCAGGAGGAUGGCGGUGAAUGUCUACUCCACCUCUAUGACCAUAGAGAACCUGAGUCGUCAUGACAUGCUGGCAUGGGUCAACGACUCCCUACAGUUCACCUACACAAAGAUCGAGCAGCUCUGUUCAGGUGCUGCAUACUGCCAGUUCAUGGACAUGCUGUUUCCAGGGUGCAUAUUGUUGAAGAAAGUUAGGUUCAAUGCUAAAUUGGAACAUGAAUACAUUCACAAUUUCAAGGUCUUACAGGCUGCGUUCAAGAGAAUGAAUGUGGACAAGAUCAUCCCGGUCGAGAGGUUGGUGAAGGGGAAGUUCCAGGACAACUUUGAGUUCCUUCAGUGGUUUAAGAAGUUUUUUGAUGCCAACUAUGACGGGAAAGAAUACGACCCUCUACUGUCACGGCAGGGCCAGGAGGGAACGCCGCCUCCGCCUAACCCAGGUCCCAUGAGAACAUCUCCCACAGCGCCGAAGAGUGUCCCCACCCCACAGAGGCAGAUCACAUUAGCAGCAGCUCGCAGGAGCACUCCCGUGACCCGUAAUGGAGGUGAUGCCGAGCUCCUAGAGCUCAACCAGCAGCUGCUGGACCUGAAGCUGACUGUAGAUGGACUGGAGAAGGAGAGGGACUUCUACUUUGGAAAGCUUAGAGACAUCGAGCUCAUCUGCCAGGAACACGAAAAUGAAAACAACGCAGUGCUCAGCAAAAUCAUAGACAUACUGUACGCUACAGAGGAGGGAUUUGCGCCUCCAGAGGAUGAUGAAAUUGACGAAGGAGCACGGGGAGACCAGGAGGAGUACUGAACUACUCCUCUUCUCUUCAUCAGCAUCAGUUUGUUCUCCUCCCACCUCUCAUCCUUUAACCUACCUGACCAUUAUUCUCAUCUAUCCCCCUCUUUUUUCCCCCCUUUUAUUUCACUUUUUACAUUCUCCCCUUACGUCUCCCAUUUUGUCUGUGGUUGUCCAUAUCCAUGACAACUUUGUUGUACGGCCUAGCUUCCCAAACUCUUACAAGCAAAGGACACUUAAGCCAGACCUGUCUGGACUAGAGCCCAGCAGCUUGGCUUGGCUUACUCGACGUAGUCUAACCUGUUACCAGAGGGGACAGCUGCACUACAGGGAUAGUUUAGCCUUCCUAGUCUAUCAAAGGUUUGAGGUUAAUAGCAGAGAGAUAACAGGGAUCUAGCACUUACAGCCUGGAGCCAUUCAGUGCUGUCAGUCAGUCUGUCUAAAGAGGCAGGUCACUUUCUGUCACCCUGCACUCUGAUUGGUGAUCACACAUAGACACACACACAUGCAUCAGGGUUCUCUGCAGAGUUUAUAUAUGAAACCACACAAUGUUUUCCACACAAUGUGAUUCGUUUGGGAUAUUUUUGCUGGAAAUUUCACACAGUGAGAUUCUAAAUGGCGUUAAGCCCCUUAGGAGAGAGGCCUGCACAUGCAUAUUUUUAUAUAUGCAUAUGAUGACCCGUGAACGUACAUUUAGAAUGCAGACAUAUCACAGACUUUGCACUGCUCACAUGUACAUGCAUAAAAAAAAGUCAUCAUUCUGAGGCAAAAAAAAUCAGUUUUUAUUCAUCAAGUUGUCCCACCAGAGAGGGUUUACUCAUGAAACUGCUCUGACAGCUUGUUUUUGAGACAGCAUGGUGUAUUUAUGUUUUUAUUUAUUUAUCUUUUUUUUUAAAUCUGCUCUAUAAAGUUUCUGAAAAAAUAUGUGGUUUUGGAUUUGGGGAAAUUUAAGGUCUUGCACUAAAUGUAGCGAAACAAACUGACUGAAAUGAUCCAAAAUGCCAAGAUGCAGUGACUGGCUGUUGCCAGAAAGAUACAGGAAGAUGCAAUUUUAUAUUUUGUAGAUUUGUUUUAAAGAGGUUUAUUUUUUAUUUGCACUGAAUUCCUCAAUGGCCAAGUCAGAGGCAUCAGUGUAAAAGCUAUUUACCAGACAAAUGUCAGGCUUUGAAUUCUAUGAAUGAACAAAUGUCUAAAAAAAAAAAAAAAAGGUAAGA